GGGGCACAGUAGCAGUGAUACGUGAAAGCUGAUAAGUCAAGAGCAUCGCCUCACCAUACAAGUGAUCCGCUAUACCGCAUUCCAGAUUCCAAAAUCGAGCGAGACGAUGUCCGGUUCUCUCUGGGAAUUCCUAUUGAUCUGCAGCCUAUUUUCGGCAGUGACGGGCAAUGGUCUGAGUACCCAGUAUCGGGGCAAAACCCAGCAUCCCGACUUGCCGAAUCACUGCAUCUACGAGGAGCUGGACUUGACCGUUCCGCUUUACGGUUCGGCUUUGCCCACCGGCUAUCGGGGCUACUGCGUCAAGGCCAUGUGCACCGAGGACUACCUGCUGAUGAUACGACACUGUGAUCCAAUGCCGUUCCCACGGAGUGGCUGCCACUUGUCCGCCGGCAACUUUGAGCUCCAGUAUCCCGAAUGUUGUCCCCAGAUGGAGUGUUCCAAUGGAGUCUAAGAUCCAGGUCGCCUAUAUUACAAGUUCCCAUGUCUUGCCUACAAAAAUAUA